AUGCAAUAUGGUAUUAAAAUGAGCAGAAUGUAUGCCCCCCCUCUAGGAAUCUGCAGACCCCAGGGGUUGCUACUGAGGGCUGCAGAUCUGCUCCGUAAUUCUAGGGAGCACUAUGAAGUGGCUAUGUGUUUCUAUGAAUGGCUGCAGAUCUGCUCUGAGAUUCUAGGGAGUGCUGUGUAGUGGCUGUGCGUUUCUAUGUAGAGCUGCAUAGAACGCGCAGGUGACUGUAAAGGUGAUACCCCUUUCUAUGGUGCUAUGGCACUACACAGCCCUGCCACGUGCUGCCUAGCUCACCCAGGUUUUGCUGAUGAU